AUGCGAGAGCUAGCUUUGGUGCUACUGCUGUUACUCGUUCUGGAAGUGGCAGUCGAGGCGCUAACUAAAAAGGAAAGGCAAAUGAUGUGCAAAAAUAUGUACAAGGAACCCUUGGUUGCUAGGAAACAAUGCAGUAACGCUUGCCAAAUGUACAGGGGGUGCCUUUGGGGAUACUGCAAGUUAAAGGAUAAACGCAAGCGAUGUAAAUGUCGACAGUGUCCCAAGCUCAAGAAAGGAGAAACAUAUUCUAAGCACAAGAAGGAACAAAAGACUCACAAGAAGAAAGCUUAG